AUGAGCUACCAAAGCAGCUACUAUGGGGGCCUGGGCUAUGGCUAUGGCUCUGGUUAUGGCUGUGGAUGUGGCAGCUUCCGUGGCCUAGGCUAUGGCUUUGGCAGCUUGGGCUAUAGAGGCCUGGGCUAUGGUGGCUUUGGCUAUGGAGGCCUGGGCUAUGGUGGCUCUGGCUAUGGCUACCUCCCAUCCAGCCGGGGAAGCUUCCGUGGCCUAGGCUAUGGCUUUGGCAGCUUGGGCUAUAGAGGCCUGGGCUAUGGUGGCUUUGGCUAUGGAGGCCUGGGCUAUGGUGGCUCUGGCUAUGGCUACCUCCCAUCCAGCCGGGGAAGGUAUUAUUCUUCUGGCUUCUACUGA